AUGGCACCUCGGGCAAUGCUGAUGGCGCAUGGGCCCCUUUCGCAGGCAGGCAACACACUGGUGUGGUACAGCAUUGCCGGGAUGCUCUCUGCCUCAUUCGGCGCAUCCAUGCUCCCAGUGGCCAAGUAUGCCUGGGAAAGACUGGAACACCUGUUGGCGCCGCAGCAAGAGAAGGAGAACGCACAACAGAAAAGACUGACGGGAGAUCCCUACAUCAUGCAUUGUGUGGAGACCGCGGCCAUUGUUGAGUGCCUGCACGCCACCUCCAAACUGGACGAAAUGGAUGAACGGGUGGAGGCAGCAGUGCUAGCGGCGCUGCUGCAUGAUGUGGUGGACGACACGCGCGUGAGCCUGGAGGAGGUGCGAGCCGAGUUUGGGCCGCGCAUCGCGCGCAUCGUGGGGCAGGUCGCCCAGCUGUCCACCACCACGCAGCUGUUGCGACGGCGCCGCCGCACCCACAACGAGAUGUACGUGGGCGCAGCCGCGCCGGCGCCGGAGCUGACGAGGGAGGAGGACGCGGACCUGCGCAACAUGAUCCUUGCGAUGGUGGACGAGCCGCUGGUGCUGGUGGUGAAGCUGGCGGACCGGCUGCACAACAUGCGCACCGUUUUUGCGCUGCGGCCCGACCGCCAGCGCGCGGUGGCGCUCGAGACCAUGCAGGUCUGGUGCUCCCUCGCCGAGCGCCUCGGCAUGUACUCCCUCAAGUCGGAGCUGGAGGAUCUGUGCUUUGCGGUGAUGCACCCGCGCGAGUACCGGGCGCUGCGCAGCGAGCUUGACACCAUCUGGGGCCUGCCCCCGCUCUCGCCCACCUGCAUUGCCGACGCCGCCGACAAAGCCCUGACUCCCCUGGCGACGCCGACAGAGCCUGAUCAAGCUGCUGAUAGCCCAGCCACUCCUGCCAGCAGCAGCAGCAGUGGACUUGUGUGCCCAGCGGCUGAGGUAGCCCUGCCAAGUUCUGGGUCGCAGAUGUAUGCCAGCAGCUCAGGGGGCACUGAGCUUGCCACUCCGGCAGCCUCCAGCAACAUUCUCUCUAUGCCAGCGGCAGCCAGGAGGGGGCUGCUGGAUGGCAGUGCGGCCGUGGCUGCAACGGCUGCAGGCGUGGAGCUGUGCGGCCGAGAGGAGGCGGACCUGAGCGCGCUUGGCAGUGCGACGAGCAGCACGAGGAGGCCUAACAGCGGCCUAGAAAGGGUGCCAUCUUCUAUAGCGUCUGGCGCUAUGGCAGUAGGCACGACAGGGUCCACGGAAGGGGUGGUUGUGAAGACCAACACUGCAGAGGAACGCACCGGUGGAGAGGCCUUUAGCGGCCGGACUACUGAAAGUACGCACGGCAGGACUCCCGCACAGCAGGAGGCAUGGGAGCUGAUACAGACGGUGCUGCCAUUCUACGCGGUGACAUUUCGCAGCGGCGCGUCGCAGCAGCAGUCACGUGCGGCGCUGGAUGUUCUGGACAAAUGCGCGCACCGGCUGCUCUAUGAGCUCAAGAUGGAGGGCCUGGCCACUGGCCUCGACGUGCACGUGGAGGGGCGCAUAAAGAGCCUGUACAGCAUGUACCGUAAGAUGAUCAGGAAGAGCGUCAGCCUGCGCGAGGUGUUUGAUGCACUGGCCUUGCGCGUGGUAGUGGACGACCAGAACGGCUUCAAGAUGCAGCGGGCCAUCGAGGCGUGCUAUGAAAUUCAGCCAGCGGUGCAUCGUCUGUGGCGGCCCAUCAGGGGGGAGCUGGAUGACUACAUCUUCAACCCCAAGGCCUCCGGCUACCAGUCGCUGCACAGCGCUGUCAUAGGGCCAGCAGGCGUGCCUAUGGAGGUCCAGAUCAGGACGUCCUCCAUGCAUGAGAUUGCAGAGUAUGGAGCGGCGGCUCACUGGGCCUACAAGGACACCCCCCACGCCCCCGUCCAAGCUGGCGCCAGCACAUCAGGCGACACCAUCAAGGUUGGGCAGCCCAUGGUGCGGGUGCUGCGGGGGAAGCUGCAGCUGGGCGUGGUCGUGGACAUCGAGGGAGACAGGAUGCUGGUGGCCGUUGUGGUCCCCUCGCGCGUCAUGCCUGACACCAGCAUCGACAAGAACCAAGUCAAGACGGUGCUGGCGUAUGUGAGGAGGAAGAAAUUUUGGGCGCCGGGCCAUGGGGACCUGCACCUGUCUCUGGAGUCCUACAUGUUGUGCAAGGACGGAUACUGGCACCUGGUGGACUCCUAUGACCAGAAGCAGCCCCCCUUUGUUAUGCCCCUGCAGAAUGUCCAGAAGGGCUUUGAUGGCGUAAAGGGAAAGGCAAAGCUGACCUCUGCCGAGGCCAGGAAGGCGCGGCUGCUGCGGCGCAUGCUGGAGUGGCAGAGGGAUCUUCUGGGGGACCCAGAUGGGAUGGAGGGGGAGGCUGGUAGCGGUGGCAGUAGCAGUGGUAAUGCGCCGAUUCCGCAGUCCAGUCAGGUGCAGGUGCUGAUCGUGCCGACUGGUAAGAUUGAACAAGUGGAGCGCGGCACCACCGCCGGAGACAUCAUCCGCCAGAAGGGAAGGAUCGAGAUAGAGGAGGAGGGGCGCAGGCACAUUGGGCCACGCCUGGUCAAUGUGAACAACCACCUCGUGCCCGAGAGCACCCCUCUGGGUGAUGGGGACUGGGUCUCUCUGAGCCCCGAGCUCCUGGACAUCUAG